CGGUCCCCUCUCUCGAUCCGUCCCCACGGCCGUCGAGGCCUGCCCCGCAACUCUCCUUUUCCGCCCCAGGGACAGGGUCCUAGCGGCCCAUGCUGGCCGCUGGGGGCCCGUGCCGUGCAGACAGUUUUCGGGCCAGCCGGUCGGGCACCAUGGUAGCCCUGAGGCCUGUGCAGCUCCUCCAGGGGGGCUAACAGUCCCAGAGCACAGGCCUUGGGAAGCGAGGGUCCCGGGCCUGAGCCCCGCACCAUGGCCGGGGCCAUCGCUUCCCGCAUGAGCUUCAGCUCCCUCAAGAGGAAGCAGCCCAAGACUUUCACCGUGCGGAUUGUCACCAUGGACGCCGAGAUGGAGUUUAAUUGCGAGAUGAAGUGGAAAGGGAAGGACCUAUUUGAUCUGGUGUGCCGGACCCUGGGGCUUCGGGAGACCUGGUUCUUUGGACUGCAGUACACCAUCAAGGACACCGUGGCCUGGCUCAAGAUGGACAAGAAGGUUUUGGAUCACGAUGUUUCGAAGGAAGAGCCGGUCACCUUCCACUUCCUGGCCAAAUUUUAUCCUGAGAACGCUGAGGAGGAGCUGGUCCAGGAAAUCACGCAACAUUUAUUCUUCUUGCAGGUAAAGAAGCAGAUCUUAGAUGAAAAGAUCUACUGCCCUCCUGAGGCUUCUGUGCUCCUGGCUUCUUACGCCGUCCAGGCCAAGUAUGGGGACUAUGACCCCUCUGUUCACAAGCGGGGAUUUUUGGCCCAAGAGGAAUUGCUUCCAAAAAGGGUAAUAAAUCUGUAUCAAAUGACUCCAGAAAUGUGGGAGGAGAGAAUUACAGCCUGGUACGCAGAGCACCGAGGCCGAGCCAGGGACGAAGCUGAAAUGGAAUAUUUGAAGAUAGCUCAGGACCUGGAGAUGUACGGCGUGAACUACUUUGCAAUCCGGAAUAAAAAGGGCACAGAGCUGCUGCUUGGAGUGGAUGCCCUGGGGCUUCACAUCUAUGACCCCGAGAACAGGCUGACCCCCAAGAUCUCCUUCCCGUGGAAUGAAAUCCGAAACAUCUCGUACAGCGACAAGGAGUUUACUAUUAAACCACUGGAUAAGAAAAUCGAUGUCUUCAAGUUCAACUCCUCAAAGCUUCGUGUUAAUAAGCUGAUUCUUCAGCUGUGUAUUGGGAACCAUGACCUUUUUAUGAGGAGAAGAAAGGCCGAUUCUUUGGAAGUUCAGCAGAUGAAAGCCCAGGCCAGGGAGGAGAAAGCUAGAAAGCAGAUGGAGCGGCAGCGCCUGGCUCGAGAGAAGCAGAUGAGGGAGGAGGCCGAACGCACGAGGGACGAGCUGGAGAGGAGGCUGCUGCAGAUGAAAGAAGAGGCGACGAUGGCCAACGAAGCACUGAUGCGGUCUGAGGAGACGGCUGACCUGUUGGCAGAAAAGGCCCAAAUCACCGAGGAGGAGGCAAAACUCCUGGCACAGAAGGCUGCAGAGGCCGAACAGGAAAUGCAGCGCAUCAAGGCCACGGCCAUUCGGACAGAGGAAGAGAAGCGCCUGAUGGAGCAGAAGGUGCUAGAGGCCGAGGUGCUGGCACUGAAGAUGGCUGAAGAGUCAGAGAGGAGGGCCAAGGAGGCUGACCAGCUGAAGCAAGACCUGCAGGAAGCCCGUGAGGCAGAGCGAAGGGCCAAGCAAAAGCUCCUGGAAAUCACCACCAAGCCCACGUACCCGCCCAUAAACCCAAUUCCAGCACCGCUGCCUCCUGACAUAUCAAGCUUCAACCUCAUUGGCGACAGCCCGUCUUUCGACUUCAAGGAUACUGACAUGAAGCGACUUUCCAUGGAGAUAGAGAAAGAGAAAGUGGAGUAUAUGGAGAAGAGCAAGCAUCUGCAGGAGCAGCUCAAUGAACUCAAGACCGAGAUCGAGGCCUUGAAGCUCAAGGAGCGGGAGACAGCCCUGGACAUUCUGCACAAUGAGAACUCCGACCGGGGCGGCACCAGCAGCAAGCACAACACCAUCAAAAAGCCUCAAGCCCAAGGCAGAAGACCUAUCUGCAUUUGAGCCCUCAAAGUAGGUUGUUGCCAGCUCACUUUGCAGAGCGCCAAGUCCCGAGUUGCCUUCUUCGAGGAGCUCUAGCAGGUGACACUGCCAGCCCAGGAUCUACCACUUCUGCUGCUCCGGCAAGACGGGUCAGCCACCGUGGGAGCCACUGCUGGUGGGCUGGCUGGGAGCUGCCGCAGGAGCUCCGGGACUGCCCCUGGCUGAGUGGAGAGCCCAACCCCCUUCACGUGCAAUUGCCUUGAACUGUGCCCUGCAGAGACUUCCCUCAGAGGGUGCUCGUCCUCCUGACCUGAGUCUCUCAGUUCCUUAAGAAGUAUUUGUGUUUUCUCG